AUGAGUGCAAACGCCUCCACGGUGCCUGAGUUCACUCUCGCGGGCUCCUCCCGCCGGGCUCAGCCCCAGGGCUUGCUCUUCUCCUUCUUUCUCGCGGCCUCCGUGCUCACCGUGGCUGGCAACCUGCUCGUCGUGGCGCUGGUCUCAGCGGCCGCUGCCCUCCAGUCCCCCGUGUACUUCUUCCUGCGGACCCCCUCGGCCCUGGAGAUUAGCUACACGUCUGUCACCCUGCCCCUGCUGCUUCACCAGCUCCGCACCGGUCAGCGCCACAUCCCUCGCUCUGGCUGUGCUCUCCAGAUGUUCUUCUUUCUCUUUGUCGGUGCCACAGAGUGUUGCCUCCUGGCUGCCAUGGCCUAUGACCGCUAUGCAGCCAUAUGCGCACCCCUCCGUUACCCUCUGCUGCUGAGCCGUCGGAAGUGCCUGGGGCUGGCCGGCUCAGCGUGGGCCUGCGGAGCUAUGGUGGGCCCGGGCCACACUUCCUUCAUCUUCUCCUUGCCCUGCUGUGGCCCCAACACCAUCCCGCACUUCUUAUGUGAGAUCCAGCCCGUGCUGCAGCUGGUAGCAUGCGGAGACACCUCCCUCAAUGAACUGCAGGUUAUCCUGGCCGCUGCGCUCCUCAUCCUCUGCCCCUUCGGUCUCAUCCUGGGCUCCUACAGGCGCAUCCUGGCUACUGUCUCCCGGAUCCCUUCUGCUGCUGGCCGCCGCAAGGCCUUCUCCACCUGCUCCUCACACCUGGUGGUGGUCUCCGUCUUCUACGGCACUGCCGUCUUUACCUACAUUCGCCCCAAGGCCGGCUACGAUCCCGCCACUGACCCUCUGGUCUCCCUCUUCUAUGCCGUUGUCACCCCCAUCCUCAAUCCCAUCAUCUAUAGCCUAUGGAACACUGAUGUCAAGGCUGCCCUAAGGAGAACCAUCCAGAAGAUGGGCCCAGCGAAGAUUUGACAAAGGAUGAUGACUCCUACUACUAGCCAGCUGUAAAUCAC